AUUCCUGCUGCACUGACUCACUUGAAGGCACUGAUGAGCCUCUCUAUUCAAGAUACUCAGAUACUUCAGUGGGACGUUGACAUGAUGAAGCACAUUGGUUCCACUCUGAUGUAUCUGACUCUGGACAAUGUCAGCUUGACAUCGUGGCCUGACUGGAUACAGUACUGUCCCCAUCUUCAAACACUCGAGAUGACAAGUUCUUUCAAGUCAAUUCCAGACAAUGCGUUUGACAAACAGACCAACACAUUAACUUCUCUACAAUUACUUAACGGCAAUCUGACAGAAACAUUGCUCACCUUUUCUAAACUUUCCGCACUUACAUCAUUAGUGUUAGAUUAUAAUAAUAUUUCAAAAAUAAGCAAACUUCCAAAUUUCGGUAUUCUAUCAUCCAUAAGUAUUCAGUACAACCGUUUGUCUGAUGCCACACAUUUAAGCGAUGUACUGAGAUCUGUAUCAAAUUCCCUUACCUACCUUCAGGCCGAGGGAAACCAGCUCAACAGUUUUCCAGACUUGUCCUUCAUAACAAAACUACAGUCAGUCUUUCUCUCGCACAACCUUAUCUCCGACACGAGUUCGGGAUCAAUCUCACCUGCAGUCACAUAUCUUGAAGCUGAGAACAACAAUAUCAGAUCUCUUGCCGGUUUUCUCUCAGGAGCAAUCAAUCUAAAAUAUCUCCGGCUGAUGGGUAACUCUGUAACCAGUCUCUCAGGCGACAAUAUACCUUCCAACGUUUCGGAAUUCGACAUUUCAAGAAAUCUAAUAACCGAACUCACUGACACUAGUUUCCCUGUAAACACUGUAAUGGAUUCUCUUUGGUUGGACUACAACCCAAUAUCUAAGAUUUCAACAGCAGCUUUUUCUUGUCUGACCAAUCUCGAUUCUCUUUCUCUAAAAGGUACAAGAUUGACUCGACUACCACUUGCAUUAAGGUCAUUAACGGGUCUGUAUACCUUAGAAAUGAGUGACAGUUCUUACCUAGUCUGUACAUGUCUGGAGAAACCAUUGAGGUCUUGGUAUUUGAGCAGACCAUUGGCAUGUUUCGGGGACUGCGGCCCAUUGCCAAUAGAUUACUUCCUGGGGGUGCUUAGUGAGGGCUGUCCAUAG